CCUGGGGUCGCGUGCAAGUAGGCGGUGAACCUCGUUUCUUGCCUCAUGGCGCUGAGUAUAUAACGUAUUCUUGCCCCUGCUCCAUUCACUACACACCACACUGCGACUAAGUAUACAUUGAACCACGACUGAUAUGCAGUUCUUGCCACCCAUGAUGUUGCGCGACUCUGUCAACGUCAACCAAGAGAUCCAGCAUGGGCGGUCAGACUCCUGCGUCAUUAAUUUCAUGCGUUUCCCUGGAGAGAUCAGGAACAAGGUCUACGACUUUGUCAUCUGCGAACUUCCUCAGGCCACGGCAGCCACACUCAUUCCAGUCAUUGCUUGCGACAGCGUUGUCGUCCAUCGGGAAUUCAUGCUUCGGUACCUCCCGCUGAUGCAUCUGAAUAUUGCCUCCAUGCAGCAUAUCUGGCAGAUGUACACGCUUCUCGAACGCCAUUCACCAGACCUUGCUUUCUACAAGAUCAAAAAGCUUGCCGUCUCCAACUUCACGACAAUUGCACAUACUUCAGCUCGAGCAAAUGAGCUAAUGGACUUUGUGUGCCAGUUCGAGUCCCUGAACACUUUCACCUUCGACAUAUCUCUCAAAGAUCUUCACCAUGGUAUUCGGGGUCGAAUCAAGGCUCUGGACCAUUUACUCACGGAAUUUGAGCUCUUCCAAAUCCCGACGUUACCUCAGCUUACCAAGCUGGUCGUCAAUGUCAAGCGCAAAGGCAUGCCAAUUGCCCCUGAGACUGCAUCUUUGCUUGUCCAGCUGAAGGAAUGGCUUGAAGAAGCUGUCAGGGGUGAGGUAAGGCUUAUAUAUAGCGAGUAAGUAGUCCUUUUUUUCUGUAACACAUUGGUUAACACAGAUUUUGCCCUUACGUGCUAGCUCACUUAGUAGACGAUAUCUCUUGCCAUAUCUGUAGCCACUACUUAGGGCGGAAAGGCAUCACAAGUCAUCCUAAUCAAUACGCG